AUGGUCCACCCGAACUACGCGCAGGUUGCGCCGAGGAACUCGACCGGGAUCAAGGUGGUGAUCGUCGGCGCGGGGUUUGCGGGGCUGGCGUGCGCGAUUGAGUGUGUGCGGAAGGGACACGAGGUGCUCGUGCUGGAGAAGUUCAAGGCGCUCAAGUCGCUCGGUGAUAUCAUCAGCUUUGGCUCUAAUGUCGGGCGUAUCUUCGAGCGCUGGGGUUUACACGACCAGAUCUGGCCCAUCUGCAACCACCUCUCCGAGCUCACCAUCCACAACUCCAAGGGCGAGAUCCUCACGGUCCAGCACUUCACCGAGAUGCGCUACGGCGCGCACAACUACAGCGGGCACCGCGGCGCGCUGCACGAGGUGCUCUUCAACUACACGAAGAGCCUCGGCGUCGAGAUCCGCUUGGGGCAGGACGUGACGGAGUACGACGAGGACGAGGGCCGCGCGUGGGUGGUCUCGAACGGGGAGCGGAUCGACGCGGAUGUGGUGGUCGGCGCGGAUGGUGUGAGGAGUAGGGCGCGGACGCUGGUUUUGGGGUACGAUGAUAAGCCGAAGUCGUCGGGCUAUGCUGUGUACAGGGCGUGGUUCGACGCGUACGAGCAGGGCGUCGACAGGGACCCUCUCACCGACUUCAUGUGCAAGAACGGGGACGCGUUCUACGGGUGGAUCGGUCCCGACGUGCACAUGCUCACCUCCACCGCGCGCGGCGGGCGCUUCAUGUCCUGGGUGAUCACGCACAAAGACGAAGCGGACAUCGAGGAGUCCUGGUCCUUCCCGGGCAAGAUGGAGGACGUGCUGAAGGUCGUCGAGGGCUACGACCCGCGCUGCGCGGCGAUCCUCGCCAAGGCGCCGAGCUGCGUCGACUGGAAGAUCGUCUACCGCGACCCGCUGCCGACGUGGAUCAGCAAGGGCGGGCGCAUCCUCCUGAUCGGGGACGCGGCGCACCCGUUCCUGCCGACGAGCGCGCAGGGCGCGUCGCAGGCGAUCGAGGACGGGAUCACGCUCGCGGUGGCGCUGCAGCUCGCGGGGAAGGACAACGCGCGGCUCGCCAUCCAAGCCUGGGAGAAGAUCCGGUACCAGCGCGUGCGCCGCGCGCAGCUCUUCGGCGAGCAGGUGCGCGACAUGUGGCAUAAAGCGAAGCCGGAGGCGAAGGGCGCGGAGGUCGAGAUGCCGUCCCCGGAGUGGCUGCUCGGGCAUGAUUCGGAGCGGCACGCGUAUGAGGUGUACGAGGACGCUGCGCGGGAGAUCAGCGAAGGGGGGUAUCGGCUGCCGGAGUUGCCUGUGAUGUGAGUGUGGUGUGUUGUGUAUAGGAUAGGGUGGGGUGGUGUAGGAUGGCUAGAUUUGUUGUAUUUUUAUUUGGUUUUUAUGGGAUAGGGAUGGUAUCAUGGGAGAUACAUCGAUCUGCAAACAUUCUAG